UUAAUAAAUCAAGAAUUACAAGGAAAAAAUGCAGAAAGAAGAAAAGCAAUUAGAAGCCACUGUAGAUGCUUUGAUCCACAGAGUUCAGGAUAUCAAAAAUUCCAUUGCAUCAUUUCUUUUUAAGCUUGAAAAUGAAUAUCAAACUUUGAAUUGGCCAUCUGUGCUGGAUAAUUUCGCUCUGAUAUCUGGUCAGCUAAAUAGUCUUGGUAAAGUGCUGAAGAAUGACAGAUCACCACAUCUUAGGAAUCAUCUCUUAUUACCACUGGCACUGAGACCUGAUAGAGAUGCUGAACUUGAGAAAUUAACAGAAGGAAGAGUACUAUGUUUUAACCAUGAAGUUGUACCAGACUACCUCCGUACCAAGCCAGAACCAGAGGUUGAAGACAAAGUUCAGAUUGUUGUUCAGAAAUCAGCUGCAAUGCAAGCAGACAUGGCCCAAAAACAGCUGAAUUCAAUGAACAAGAUCACAAGUAAUUUAUUGGAUAUAAUAAACUCCAACAAGGAAGAACUAGAAAGUGAAGCAAAUCAAAAAGCCCAGAUGGCUCAGACUUAUUCAUCAACAGAUACCAGUACAAUGGUGGCAGCAAUGAUGUUUGGUAAGGGACUAAAAUCAAUAAGACGACAAGAUUCUCAACCUGGUAUGACACCACAACAACAGCAGCAGCAGCAACAACAGAAACAACAAGCACAAAACAUUGGAAAAGCACCAAGUACCAUAAAAACAAACAUAAAGUCUGCAACCAGUACACACCCAUACCAAAGACCGUGAUUUUUUGAACCAAAAACAAUGUUGUGGACAAGACUGGUGUGAAGACCAUGUUUAAAUAUGCAUGAUGAAUGUUUCCCUACAUCAGUUGUUGAAGUACAAUAUUUCAAGAGGCUUGGAUGCUUAAAAAGAUGUAAACACAGGUCUUAGUUUGAGAAAAGAAGGGAUAACAAGACUGUGCUCAUUAUUCUCUAAAAGUAUAAAAGUGCAAUAAUGAUAAAUGCUAAGAAAAGAAUUAUUGAUUAUGAUUUCAUAUUUGUCUGCUUAAUUCCGCUUAAUACUAUGAUUAUUAAACAUUAACUUGU